AUGCUACUACUGGCUGGUAUAAUAUUUGUGUUGGCGGUCGCUGUCGUCAGUGUUGUCUUCCCACCCUGGAAUUUUCCCAAGAAUAUUCCAACGGUGCCUUUCUAUGUCACAUUUCUGCCUACAUUUUUCGACUUGGACCAAGAAGAUAUAUUUGCUAGGUAUCUCAAGAAGCCCAUGGAGGAAUAUGGUGCGGUUAAGAUUUAUUUUGGCUCGCGGUGGAAUAUUUUGAUUUCUCGGCCCGAAUAUUUGGCACAAAUUUUUAAAGACGAGGACACCUUUGCAAAGAGUGGGAACCAAAAAAAAAUUCCAUACAGCGUGAUAGCUGCUUAUACUGGUGAAAAUGUGAUCAGCGCUCAUGGUGCAAUUUGGCGCGUCUUUAGGCGAACUUUGACGCCGGGAUUACAAUUUUUCGAUGAUGAACCUAUGAUCAAGAAUGCUGACACUUUUUGCGAAAUCAUUAAAUCCCAAAUUGACACUGCUACAGAAAACGACACUUGUAAGUCCGAUGGAAAUGAUUUGAAGGAGAAGCCAAUUGAGAAGAAUUUUAAAGCGGCAUUGGUGAUGCCAGAAUUGCUACAAAAACUUGCGAUGGCGAACAUUGCUCAGGUUGUUUUAGGUUUCGAUGUGGGAACUUUGAGUGACAAGAAUUCGGUUAUACAUCAAGCACUGAAAAAUGUAAAGAGACAGAUAUUCCGGCCGCUAUUUUUGAAUUUUCCAUUUUUGGACCUAUUGCCCAUCCCAUCACGCACGAAAGCGCGCAAAGAUGUGGAGCAUUUUCGAACACUUUUAGUUGACGAAGUUGAACACAAUAUUGUCACGAAUUAUAGGUUCGAGCAGACAUCGUUUGCCGUGUCGGAUUUGAUACGCACGUACAAUCGAGAGGAAAUCACACGCAAUCAACUUAUCAAUAAUAUUGUCAUUAUGAUGGUUGCAGGCCAUGAAAAUCCACAACUUCUCAUGACGAGUUGUUUGUAUAUGUUGGCCAAAAGUAAAGACGAUUGGCAAGUAAAGAUCAGAAACGAAGUCGAAGCUAAUACGGGCAGUCUCGCUGAGCUUCCAUGUUUGAAUUCGUUCAUUUUCGAGUGUGUCAGACUUUACCCACCGCUCAGUCAAAUUAUCAAUAGGGAAACGUCAAAGACAUGUUUACUUGGGAACAACAUAGUGAUACCAAAGGGAGUUUACGUAGGCUACAACGUCUACGGUACAGGUCGCUACCCAGCAGCAUGGGGUAUCGACGCGAAUCAAUUCAUGCCCCAAAGAUGGGGUGAUAAAAUUGAGAAUAUCAUGAACGAAUGGAGGCACAGAAAAAACACCUGCGCCAUGAGUGCAUUCCACGGUGGUCGUAGAGCUUGUUUGGGAGAAAAGCUAGCACUUAAUGAAGUGCGCAUCACGCUUGCAGCAAUGUUGAAAACGUUCCAAUGGCAAUUUGCACCAGACUGGGUCGAGAAAAUGACCCCCGCUGGACCGUUAUGCCCACUCAAUUUGAAACUAGAAUUCUCGUUGCGCAAAGGACAUGAAAUGGAAUAA